CCAAACCAGCCAGGCCCAGCCUACGGGGUCUGUAGCUGCAGAUUUGCAGCAACUAAGACCUCUCCGAGUCACCAGCUUCGCCACCGAAGCCGUGAGCCACAUUGGCCGCUCGGCGCACGCCACCUGCGAGCUCCAGGACCACCCAUACCAGCUUCCUCGCGCGCGUGCGUCGCGACCCGGUUAUCUGUGCUAAAUUAUACAGAAGCGAGUAAAACCAUGCGCGCCGCAGCCGCCCGCCUCGCGGCGACGAGGCGUCUCUCGACACCGCGCAAGGUCGUCGACGCUAGAGCUACCACAAAAACGAACGUGCCCUUACUCGCAACGGGCGUCGUCGCCGGCGCGUGGCUCACUUGUUUAGAAUUACCCGUCCAGCUCGGAGACAAUUGCCCGGCGUCGGUGAGAGACGCCUGGUGGCUCAAGUUGUACAGGGAGGCCACGGGUAGAGCGUUAACAAGAACCGCAACACCGGUGACCGCAAUCGCCGAGCCCCAGGUGGAGGAGGACGACCUCGUGCAGAUUGCGGAGCCCGACCUCGACGACGACGACGACGAGGUCCUAGAUCCUUCUCUCGAACGGGAGCGGCUAGAUGCGCUCGAGGACGCCAGGAAGAAGGCUCAAGCUGAGGCCGAGGCCAUCAAGCAGCGCGAGCUCGACGAGAGAGCCGUCAAAGUAGUGCAGAGAGCUUCGGAGAUCGUGGACGCGGUGCAAAGUGUCCCCGAGGAGGCGGCCGACGACUUAGUUACACGAUUAGCGAGAGACCUCCAGGGGCUGAGUGUGGACGAGCUUUCCCAAAGGUUGGCGGCGGCCGAGGCGGCUCAAACGAAGGAGGCGUCUCGGGAAGCGGCGAGAGCAGCGACCGCGAGAGACGAAGCGUCGCGGGUCUACGCGAAGCGGACGGAAGAUUUAGUGAAGGCCCAGCGCCUUAAACUGCUCGAGGAGAUGGGUUCACUCGUACAAGCGGACGCGGCGGACAGUGACCGUAUUGCGGCAGAGCGUCGUAGAGCGUUGCGGGCGGAGAAGGAGUCUGUCCUAGAAACGCAGCGGAAAGAAAUAGACGCGCGCUGGGCAAGUGAAGGCCAGCGCGCGGUCGAGGACGCCAUCGGAGCCGUCGAGAGCGGCGCCCGGGCGCUGGUCGACGCGGCGCGCGCGGACGCGGCCCAAGCCACGGGCGACGCGGCGGUCUCACGUUUAAUGUCGUUGAGGGAGCUCGAGGUCCGCGUCGCGGCGGCGCACCGCGCGGCCGACGCGGUCCCGCCCGACAGCGACGCCAGGAUUCUGUCGGAGCACGCGGUGGUCGCGCGCGGCGCGGCGGGCUCGCGCGCCGUCGGCGCCGUGGCCGAUGAUGCUGUUGUCGGCGUUGCCUUACGGGCGCGGGCCGAGGCGCCCGGUGUGUCUACGGACGUCGCGGCGCUGCGCGCGCGGUGGGUCGAGCGCGUGCGGCCGGCGGCGCGCGCGGCGGUCCUUUCCGGCGUCCCUUUUUUUUCCUUGGCCCUGGCCGCGGCGCCGUCGCGGCGAGUGCGUCAAGCGCGAGACACCCGUGGACGCCGUCGCCGCGACCAUGGCGCAGUCCAUUUGUCGACGUCGCCGCGACCAUUCGGCACGGUGGGAACGAGUCGCGUCGAUGGCGUAGGAGCUCUACACGCCAUCGCCGCCAUCGCCUCGACUCACCGCGAUUCGACGCAGGCGCUGGAGCCG